UUAAUGGCGAGGAUAUUGCAUGAUGAUAUAAUCUUUGAAAUCCUGAAAAGGCUUCCCGCCAGAGCGUUAAUGCGAUUCAAAUGCGUCUGUAAAGAUUGGAUGCAUUUGAUACGUGAUCCCAAUUUCGCGGAAUCACAUCUGUCGCAUGCAUGGGCUAAGCCGGAAGCCUCUUAUGUUCUUUUUAUGAGCAAUACCGGGGUGUUCGCAGCAGAUCAUACACUCACUCUUACAAAUUCCUGCGUUCCUGCAAAUCCAGGUUUGUUUCGAACUCAUAUGCCUUGCUCCAACUCCGUCAAUGGACUCAUAUGUUUCCGCAGCAGAGGCGGCCACCUAGUUUACAACCUGUCCACAGGGGAGAAAAGAGAUCUGCCGCUGCCGACGAUCCCCGGAGCUUUCAAAACAUAUGCACUCGGGUUCGAUCCGGCUAAAAAAAAGUACAAAGUGCUUCACUUCGGCCACGAACGCGUUUGCCAAAUUUUGACCUUAGAGAGAAACUCAUCCUGGAGAACCUUGAAUGAUGCACCGAGGUUCCGUUAUGAGAGGUCGUACGGUAGAUUAGAUUUGAUUUAUGUUGACGGAAAGUUAUACUUCAUUGAAUGCCGCUCAUCCUGGGGAAUCUCAAUCCGUUUCUUUGAUUUGAAAAGUGAGGAAUUUGGAAAGAUUGGAAGCCCUCCAUUCUUGCGUCAAUAUUACAAUAUUCCCCGAUUAGCAGAGGCCGGAGCAAAUUUGGGGUUUGUAUCCUGGAAGGAGAAGUCCUGCAUCCCGCAUCCGGAGUGCUCAUUUUGGGCCUUGGACCAAAAUUGGGAUUUAAAGUGCACAUUUUCAAUGAAGUGUGAUAAGAUGUGGGGAUCAAUUGGUACAGGUAAACUUCUACUGGGAAGGGAAGGGCUGUUUAUGUUCGAUGUCGAGGCUCGCACUAGUAAGAAGCUUGAGAAGGAGAGGGAUAAGUAUACACACGUACUAUGCAAUCAUGUAGAAAACAUUUUUCCUCUCAACUACUGAAUAGGGAUAUUUUCAAUACAGACACCAGAGGAAGUAACAUCCUCUCCCAUCUAUAGCUGCAGAUGUUUGACAUAAUUAUAACAGAUUUGGUGAAGUUUUGAUACUGUGUUGGUACAAUGCUUUUAUUUGUACUAUGAGGCCG